UAUUAAUGCAAUAUUAUAACAUUAUAUAUCUCUUCGAAUAUCAGUCACAAAGCAACAGAAAUUCCCUUCAAUAGCGAUACCUACUAAAUGAAUCACAAGGUAGCGCACAAGAGCUGCCCGCCAAAUUGAUUGGAUUAUGGGAAAGAGUGAGAGACUGCGAAAUUUACUUUGCAUAAGCAGACGAAGACGAUCAUCCUCAACCACGUCGUCCCUAGAUAAAAAGCUGUCUUCUCCGAAACAUCUCAGGCAAUGUUCAGCGCCACCGAACCAAUACUUUACUGGAAAUAAUGAACAAGAAAGCGUAAUGGGAGCUGAUCAGAAAUCAGUUAAAAUCAAUACGGAAGAAAUUGUCGACAAAAUUCUGCCACCAAAUUGCGAAAAAGAGCUUGAAAUAACUGAUAAAAUAGUACACGAAAUUGCGAUUACUCCAAAUACCAUGCCUAUCAGCCACAAUGAAAUAUCAAAACAAUGUUCCCAACAAAUUAAAAAUUCCCAUACCAUACUUACUCAUGAUACUGCAUCGAUGUUUCGUGAAUGUACUGUUAGUGGUACACAAAGUUCAAUUACUAGUUCCCGUAGAAGUUCGACUCCUACCACCGCAGUAUCCGUAAAUUCUUCCAAUGACGCCGAUAACAAUCAUACUUACGAACGUUUAUUGAAACCGGAAUACGAAAAGGUGGAAAAAAUAUUUCCCCAGCGUCGGGGUUCAGCGCAAGAGUCCAUAAAAGUUUAUCAAAAGGAUUUUGUGAGAAGAAAAAGUCGUCCAUCAUGUCGAAACCAGAAUCAAACUGAAACAGACAACGAUUCCGCCACAAGUUCCCGCUUCUUACAGACCUCACAGCCCGACUUGCACAGGCGCAAGCAAUCACUGAGCAGUAGAAACCAGAGUGCAAUGCACACGGGUGAUGACGGGGGAGAUAUGAAUACAAUCUCGCAAUCGCGACUCAGAGAAUUAUUCAACCCCGAGAGUCAAAAAAUUAGUUUCUCAGGUCGACUAUUAGAUAAUCCCUCGGUACCAGAAACUUCUUGUAGUACAUGUCCUGAUUGUGUUUCCACUCAAGACUCCUCCAAAGACUAUAAUUGGGGUUGGGUCCUAACACCUCAAUCCGAAAACAGUGGUUUAACAAACAGAUCCUGCUCUUCUGGAUGUAAUUCAGCAACCCCAGGUCACCCAUAUAUUAAUGACGAUGCGACCCCUAUUUCUCAUGGUAACACAAGAGCUUCUGAAAUCGAUUUUACAGUCACCCAAUACGACGGCAGUAUUCUUCAUUUUACUGUAAUCGGGUCUGCAGUUCACAUCCAAUUUCCUCAAGAACCAAUCACGUCAUCGGUGUCUUCUUCGUCCAGACUCCAUAUUUCACGAAUAUCAUCACAGGAUUCUUCUGAGAUCCAAGCACCCCAAAUGCAUAUACACGAUAGAGUGAGCUCUCAAAACCAAAGUAGUCUAUGUGCGAUGACGCCAAACCUGAAUGGCAACAUGCAGCAUCAAACAUCGCAGGAAAAUUUAUCAUGUCGUACUAAAAACCAAGCAAUACGACCGGAAGAUCGAGAAAGUAGAAAUAAUUUCAUUCUUCAACACCAACAACGAUCCCAACAACUGCAGCAAGGAGCCAGUAAUGCUAAUAUGAAGGACAUGUCUGUGAGUCAUAUUUCUCGCAAACCGAGCUCACAUCAUAAGCACCAUUCCCAUCACGAUGGUACUUCUACAUCAUCAAAGCCCCCACAUUUUCAACUAUCAAUGGCUUCUUAUGCUAAGUUAGUUGAGUAUCAAAAAAGUAAUCGAGGUCAGAGGCGUUCCGCAACCUCCUCGCAUAGUUCUUCCACACUUUCAAGGACUGCCUCACAUAGUAAUGUAACUCAAGAGGAUCCCGGCCAGGUAACCGACCUAUGUAGGCUCGCCAAAGUUUUGGAAAGAGUUGAAGAAUGUCCCUGGUAUUGGGGCAAAAUGACAACACAAGAAGCGCAGCGUGUACUUCGAGACUUGGAGCCAGGAAGCUUUUUGUUACGAGACAGUAGCGAUCCAAAACAUUUAUUUAGUCUGAGCGUCAAGACGGGCCAAGGACCAACAAGCAUACGAACUAUAUACAACGAAGGAGAAUUUCGAUUUGACUACGAAAGCCGUACAAAUUCGAACCGAACUGAUAAUUCGAACUCUACUAGGUCCGGUGAUCAUCCCCCCUACGUCAAAAAAAUUGCCCCCGUUUUCACGUGCGUCGUCGGCAUGGUACUUUUCUACGCUAAACGUUUAGAAAUUGAACGACGAAAUACGAGAAAAUUUAUGAAAAGAAACAGCCAAUGUGAACGAUGUGCUGCUUUGAAAAAAUCAAAUAAUUCGAAUCCUUCUCCGCAAGAUGACGCUGUUUCAACAUUGUGUUCUGAACAUAGACGUCAAGAGCAAUUCAUAUGUUAUUGGGAGAGCCGAAACGGACUUCGCCAUGAAAUUCCAGUCUUGUUAUCAAAGGCUGUUUCAAAGCCACACACAUUUCCAAGCCUGCAAAGACUAUGUCGACAGACACUCAAUACAUCGCAAAAACUUUGGGUAAAUGAUCAUAUUGUGGAUGAACUACCUUUACCUAAUCCACUGAAAAAAUACCUUAAAAAGUACCCUUACCCUAUUUAAUAGUACAAGGUGAUACUCAUUGCAAAAUUUUACUCUCUCAAUAUUUAGCAAUGGAAAAAGCGCGAACCCGAUCAUUAUAUCUUAUCUUGUAUUUGGCAAAUUACAAUUUCUUAUGUAACUUUUGAAUUUUCUUCUCUCAUUUUCCCCUUUUUUACAUUUCCGUAAAUUAAAUUUUGUCACCGGGUUAUCUUCGAACAUGUAUGAAUAAUAAAUUAUAUGAAAUAGUGACGUUUCAUACUUGAUCACAUUUGACUAGGAGAGAGAUAGUCGUGGAUAAAUUUUGGUGAGCUUUAUUUAUUGCGUCCAUCUACAUUAUUGCAUUCCCGUGUGUAUAUUUUAUUUAAGUAAAUAUGAAAAAAUUGUUUUUGUCAUUACUAUUACCGUCAUGUUCCUCAUCACUGAAGAUUUAAGGACCUAUUAUCAAUCAUAGCUCGUUCAUGCUUGGCCGACUGUGUUGCAAUCACCACCUUGAAAAGACGGUAAUUCAAAAUAUAAUUUCUUUAUUUUUUUAUCAUAUUCGGCCAAGCAUGUUUCGCCUCUACGAUAUAGGAACGAUUACUCGAAAAAAUAUAGGAAAAUUGGUAUUAUUUCUUUUUAACCAUAUUGAGAUUUUUUAUAUUUUGUUCCGUUUUUUUUUGCUAUUUUUGCUCAAUUUUAUUUUGCUUGUCCGUUUUCUGUUCCCAACCAAUAAUUUUGUUUGGCCAAGUAAUUGCCACUUAUGAACCUAACAUCAGAUACCUAUUCUAUCCACGGGCUUUUCAAUGUAGCAAACUUUUUACCUGGUUUCCAAGAGUAUUUUUUAGUAAUGAAUACUAACCCAUUCUAUUGGCCACGGGCUCAUGUCCUUCUCAGAUAGAUUCUCAUGCUCUGGGCAAGAUGAAACUAUAGUAGACAGAAUAGUUUUAGUAUAUUUUGAAAUCAAUUGCGUCGUGAAUUUUUUCGUUAUUGUUUUUCUUCUUAUGUUUCCGAAUAAAUUUCAUUACGAUGCGGAU